CCUGCCAGUCGCUGGGUUUCAGUGCUUAUGUCUCGGAUCUCGUAUAUUCGCUGCUGUUUUACCAGUCAAGUGCAUCCCUAUGUCGGUCAGCUCCCUACUUGCUAGCUUGGCGUGGGUGACUCCAAGUUCCUCUGCAGAAUGACUCCAGAAGAGCCGAAUCCAUAGAGCUCGCUCACAUAUAAAUACUCUCCGAAUCGCUCGACUGAAGGAAACCAUCACUGUUUCUCGUACCACAUCCUAUUCACACAAUCAGCUCCAUACCACCAGCAACAUGAAGUUCACAUCCGCCCUCGUCAGCGGUCUCCUCGCUACCAGCGCCUCUGCUCUGUUUGACAAAUACGCUCCUUGGGGCAAGCGCGACUACCACUGUCUUAACGUCUACCAAGGCGUCCCUGAGAACGCUACCCUGGCCCAGAACUGGCCCGUCGAAAUUGGAUUCAACCGUGGCGGCGGCCGCUGCGACCCCAUCUAUGACCAGUUCCCCACCUCCACCUACAGCGUGUGGCUCUACAACAACCCUGUUCGCGAAAACGGCUUUGUAAAGUCCGACUACCAGGUCAAGCUCGUCGAUGGAAUCCCGCUUGACGCCGGCAGGGUGACCAUCAGCUUGCCUUCGGAUCUGCCCGAAGUUGACGAUGAUACUGUUUGGUAUUUGCGUCUGGAUACUUGGCUCCCGACUGCACCUCAGACGCCCACCUUCUUCAACGCCCAGGGCCCCUUCACAAUCAACCGAUGACGCACACCCGUACAAGCCCUUCAGAGCGUACUAUUUACCGAGAGGUGAUUAGUUGGAUUCUUUGGACAGUAGUGAUGGAAUUUCGAUGUGUAUACAGUUUCCAUUGAGGCACGUUGGGCGAUUUGGACAACACUCCUUAGCAUAUAGACAUAGCUCAGUCGUAAUAUAAUCUUGAGG